UUUUGCACAAAACCGCGAUGAAAUCCUAUGCUUCGUCGGCAUGGCUCGUAAAGCCACGAAACCGCUUGCCCUUGUAACAAAGCGAGCAAUAGCUGGCGAAAAUGAAAGCCAGGAUAGUCAAGAUAUGUUAGAGAUGCACAUGCUAAGGCAUGGAGUGGGUGUGCUAAGCAGUUCGCCUGCGCCUAUGCAGCCGACCUAUCAAUCGAAUCGGAGUGCUUUUGCAUCAAGCAUAGGACCAACAAAAGCAAAUAUUUCAUAUUCUAUAAAUCGGCCGAGAGGAACGCCUCAAAUAAGCAAGCGACAACCACAAAACGCGUCGAACGCGCCCAUUGAGUCAGAUAUCGAGGACGAUCCUAUGAAGCAGCCCAGUCAGACGCGACCAAAAUCUAACUCGUCCGCACCGCGUUCUCCCAAUCUGCCGUCAACUUUAGAACCUGAGCUGGUCUCUAUCCAAUCAAUAUGCGACCAUACUACAUCUGCAGAUGAACAACCUACCCAACUGGUUAUAAAUGGUCCGCUACCUACCCUUCAACAAUCUGAUAGAGCGAAUGGGAAAACGAGGGAAAUGUCGUCAGAAUCACCAACCCAAUCAAAUGACGGGCGUAGUUACGAGCAAUACAACGAAAAUUCCGAGCCGCAAUCAAUAUCGCAGGCAAGCAGUUUUCGCGAACAUCCCACACUACACGAAGACGACACAGGGUACUUAAAUUUUAGGCGGACUCAUUACGACAUACCGGACUCUAUACCAGAAGGAAACGAAGAAGAAGCCAAGACAGGCCAUGUUGACAAUGGUAUUGAGAAGUCGCAACCGACAUCGCAAGUACCUGAGACAAAUAGCCAUUAUAUAGCCCCUCCCGAAACACCUUCAAUAACCCAGAAAUUAUUUCAGCAUCGUGGGGAUGGCGCCGAAUUGAUUCCCCCAUCUCAACUUUUCGGACAGACACAAUGGACUUCGGCUGUUCGGAAAGCUAGUCCCACGUCGUCUCGUCCAUCGCCUGACGUCUUUAACCACAAUACAAUCUCACCUAACCCGGUCUCGUCUCCUCUCAAACACAAGGGGCUUAGAAGUUCGCCUACUCGCGCUUUUACUUCAAGUCCAACAUUACCUAGAAUCUCGUCUCGUCCAUCGGAUGAUAAAACCCCAUCUGCGCCGACAAAUAGCCACGAGGACGAUAGCUCCAAUCAAAGAAAUGUGGAAGAGCCUCUACUCCCUCACCUUGAAAUGCCAAGGCAAAGGACCGUGCUAGAACCAAUCAGCGAGUAUAAAUCGUACCGAAGACGAAGCUUGGAAAUCGAGACAAGCGAUCCUUCCAGUCAAGUUCACGAUAAUUCAGACUCGAAUUCCGAAGCCGACUUGAUUGCGCAACGGCGUCGCCUGGCUAGGUUAAAACAGGAAAAGGGUCGAAAUAGAAGGAAUACAGACCAGUAUUUGGCACAGAAUUACUCCGAACCUGCAACUGACAGCAAGUCGCAGGAAACAGUUGCAGACUCUCAGGAGCAUCUUGCACCACCGCGGAAUACAAAAGCUGCUCCAAAUCUUAAUAGUUCUAAUGAAAAAGAUAUUGACUGUGCUGAAAAUCACGAUGUCAUUAACCUUUCGAACUCCCAAGCUCCAACAUCCAAUGGAGAAUACAGGGAGACUAUUCCUGAGACCAGUCCUCCGGCCACUUCCGCAGAGCCACCGAAGUUCUCAGAUAAUGGACCAGGUCUUUAUUCUAGUGCCAAGUCCGAGACUGAAGCUCUCCCACUUCCAACUCUCACAAACGAUAUAACUUCUACUGAGCAGCUAAAAGAACCAAGCGCUGUCUCGAAUCUUCCAAAACAGCCUUCAUUGCUAUGUGCAGGCCGAAAAUAUAAGCCCACCAGAGAACAGUCUGCUGUGGACUCUUCGCCCUCCGUAGUUCUCGCAUCGUCUCCACAGAGAGCAGCUUGCCAGCCAACGAGGCCUAGGGAUGCAGCCACGCCAUCACCUACCAGAGAUGACUUGCCGCCUGCCUCAGAUCCGAGGACAGGGACGUCAACUUUAUCAACUCUAUCAGCAACCCCCAGCAUGUCUUCGAGUAUCACGCCCAGUACAGAUCCCGGUGUCGUGAUGGAAGAUAUUGAAGGACCUAGUUCAUCGCCAGUGGUAACGAAAAUGCAACGUCGAGGAAGACAAUCUCUUCCGUCUUCGUUACCUCACAUUAAGACAUAUUCACGUUCUCGAGAAAGCCUAAGAAGAAGUACGCGUUAUAGUUCAGUGUCAACCGACGAGUUGGCUAGAUCACCAAUGCCUGUAUCCGAUAAGAAUGAGCGAAAGCCACCCAUUCGAAAACUCGCAAGGCAUUCAUUCGCUAAUUCAGAUCUAUUCCAAGCUUCGACGGCAACUGAGGGAAUUUUCGCGGGGAUGGUAUUUGCCCUCUCGUUUCAAGGAUCCCAGGCUAGGAAGAGCAAAGGGAAUUCCACGGAUAGAGCGAACAUCGAGCGUAUGAUCCGCCAGGAAGGUGGCAAGAUUCUCUCGGAUGGUUUUGAUGAACUGUUUCAGUUUGAUUCAUUCCAAGCCACGGGAAACAGCAUGUCUUCUCGCGACCUAUCUAGCUCGUUAACACUUUUGGAUCAAGAUACUGGAUUUACAGCUUUAAUAGCCGAUGGGCACUCUCGGAAGGUGAAGUAUAUGCAGGCACUUGCACUGGGAAUCCCAUGUUUGGCACCCAAGUGGAUAAUGAACUGCAUUUCAAAGAGGGAAAUAAUAGAUUGGUCCUCAUAUCUGCUAUGCGCCGGUCCAAGUACACUCCUAGGAGAGGCUAUCCGUUCGCGCAAUCUACAACCUUAUGACGCUUCUACAGCAAGGCUUGCAGAUGUUGUGAACGAAAGACCAAAAUUAUUAGAAGAGGCACGAAUUCUUCUUGUAAUGAAGAAAACCAAGAACGAGAGAAAGAAGCUACCAUAUGUGUUUCUGGCACAGGUGCUUGGUGGUUCUCUUGUGCGGGUUUACAGUCUCGAAGAAGCCCGGAUGAAGCUUCGGGACGAGGAGUCUCAAAACCGGCCGUUCGACUGGGUAUAUGUCGAUGACUCUCUGCACAACGCUCAGGAUGCUCUAUUCGGCUCGACGGCAGGAAGCACGGCUACGAAGAAACGAAAACGACAGAGUACAGGAUCUGAGGGAACUAGCCCACCACCAAAGAGGAUUAGGACCCUCACUGACGAGCUGGUAAUUCAGAGUCUUAUUCUAGGACGAUUAAUUGAGGACGGCGAGAUGGAGGAGUAAUCUUUUGCCUUUCACGCGUGCUGUCACUGGAGUUGGUUUCAUCAUGCCAUGGUUGUAUUUUCAUGGCGUUUUGGUCAGGGCAUAUACGGGUAUUUUCGUUUUCACAAGGUAUUUGUAUGGUAUCAACAAGGGACCAAGGAUAAUGUUUUAUUCGGGGAACAGUUAAUGUACGUUAUGAAUUAUUAGUACGGAGAACGACGUUAGACGCUUAUGGUUAUAAUCAUGCGUUUCAAGUAUUUUAUUUUCUCUCCUUUUUUUUCCCCCUCUUCUCGGCAUGGAUUUGAACAGCUCGACAAUUAAUGUCCAUUGGAGAAAUUCAAAGAAUUCAUAAAUGCUACUAAGCUACUGUGCUUACUAUAGAUAAUGUCGUCAUAUAUGAAAGUUGGGCUAUAGCGGGCUGCCCUGAUUUUCAGCUAAGAUGGUACGUCGCUAAAAUGGCGUUCGCGAUGGGAUCGCGCGUGGCCCAAAGCAGGACCAUACUCAAAGUUGUACAACCUCCAUCUGUUACCC